AUGACCAACUCCAAGGGUACAAGACGCGGAACGCGUUACAUGUUCGCUCGCGAAUUCCGCAAGCACGGAGUUGAGCACCUUUCCACAUACUACACCCAAUACAAACGUGGAGAUCUCGUCGAUAUCAAGACAAAUGGAGCCUUCCAAAAGGGUAUGCCAUUCAAGGUUUACCACGGAAGAACCGGACGUAUUUUUAACGUCACCAAGAGCGCUGUUGGAGUUAUUGUUAACAAGAGAGUCAGGUUGGUGUUUUUUCGUUUUAAAAGUUUUGAGAAUAAAUUAGAAGUAUUUGUUGACUGGUAGAAUAGUGAGAGUACGUCUGAAAUCGGAAAAUCAAAACAUCUUCCAAAUUUUCAAGCCUUGUCGAUUUCAAAAAUAUCAUUCGCGUAAAUCUACCGUCGAUAGUGAUUCUUCGACUCUAUCUCACUAUUGUGUUUAUGAAACAAUAGUGAGUCUUGAGGUUUUAGACAUUUUUUCCAAUGGCAUUUGUGUUUUUAUUCGAAGGAACUGAUAUUUUUAAGACAGAAAAAUUUAUGAUUUUCCACAAAACUAGUUUCUCAUUUUUAUUGUCUUACCAAAAUUAUCUAGAUCAGAGAUUACUGAUUGAUACUCUUUAAGUUUAGAUAGAAAAUUCUGUAAUCCUUGAAAUUUAUUAUUCAAACCAUGAUUUUUUCAGAGGAAACAUCCUUCCAAAAAGAAUCAACCUCCGCGUCGAACACAUCAAGCCAUCCAAGUGCCGUUUCGAUUUCUUGAACCGCGUCAAGUCAAACGAUCAACAAAGACAAGCUGCUAAGGCCGCCAACAAGCCAGUUCCAGUUUUGAAGAGACUUCCAGUCGCUCCACGCGCUGCCCACACCGUAACCACCAAGGAUAACACCCCAGAACUCCUCGCUCCACUUCGUUUCGAAAUCAUUGCGUGA